AAUCCCCGAAGAGGAAGAAAGUAUGUUCUUUCUACUAAUAGGACCUAUCCAGUGCUUGGCAGCUGUGCUCCUCCUGCUGUCUGAUCUCUGUGCAGGAGAAAGGAUAGUAUCCAUUCAGAAAGGACUUCUAUAUCGAGCAAGAGGCUACCACGUCACCAUCUGGUGUAAUGUCAGUGGUUACCAGGGACCAAUGGAGCAGAAUUUCGAAUGGUCCAUUCAUCGGCCAUCGGACCCAAAUAGAAAGCUGCAAAUUAUCAGCACGGAUGACGCCUCCUUUCCUUAUGCUAUCUACUCUCAGCGCGUUGGAAGUAGGGAAAUCUACAUAGAAAGGAUCCGAGGAGAUUCUGUUCUGCUGCACAUCACUGAGCUCAGAGACGUGGAUGCCGGCGAGUAUGAGUGUUACACACCCAGCACAGAUACUGGUUACCUUGGGACUUAUGGUGCCAAAACGAACCUUUUCGUAAUUCCAGACCUGCUCGCUGCCACCAUGAGGCCACAGGCUCUCAUCCGAGACCAAGGGGAUUCAUUAGAACUCAUUUGCGAAGUGUCAACAGCUACAGUCCAACACACCCACCUCUCGGUCGGCUGGUACCUUCUUCCAGAAGGAGGCAAUGGACAAGCCCAGAGGAUCCUUUCCCUGUCCAGAGAUUUUGUCUUACUACCAGGAUCCUCUUACAAUCAGAGGUUUUCCUCAGGAGAUAUAAGGCUAGACAAAAUUGGGGUCAGAGUAUAUAAGCUCUCCAUUGUCAGCAUACAACCCUCAGACCAGGGGGAAGUGUACUGUGAGGCAGUGGAGUGGAUUCAAGAUCCCAAUGAAACUUGGAAAGAUAUUGCCCGGAAACAGACAGACAAAACAUCACUGACCAUCAGAAGCCUGGAUAAAAAUUUUGAUGUUGACAUCUCUGUUGCUAAGAGGUCUCUCCUGGAAGGGGAAGCCUUGCAGAUGAACUGCUCUGUGAAAGCCCGGAAUAAGCAAAACAGAUGGUUCCAGGUGGUUUGGCGCCAUCAUGGUAUGGUGAUGGCUAGUCUUGAUCAUUAUGGCACCUUGUCUUUUCAAAAUGACAAUGAGGAACGGCAUACUCUGGGAAACCUCCUAGUGAAGAAGCAGACCAAUGAUAAGUACAUCCUCAGAAUCAACAAGGCGGAACUGAAGGACAAAGGCACCUAUAGCUGUUUCGUUUCUGAAGUUGGGCAGACUCCCACUGGCUCCUUUGCUAUCGCAGAACAGAAGUCUUCAUCAGCCAUUGACAUAGAUGUGAAGCCUAGAGAAAGCCACUUGAAACUGUUUGUGUGGGUCAAUAAGAAACAAAUAAUGGAAGGAGAAACUUUGGUUUUCAACUGUAAUGUGAGUAUAGCUGCAAAUUCACUAUCUGUGAACUGGUGGCAUAUCCAGAGGGACAGAGAUCCUCCUCUGCUCAUAGCCAGCAUGGAACGAAAUGGCAGACUAAAGAUAGGUGCUUCUUACUUGGAGCGCAGUGCUCAUGGUGAGCUCAGGUUAGAGAAGAGGGACCCUUCCAUGUUUACUUUGACUAUCUACAACACUUUAGCCACAAAGGAUACAGGGCUGUAUCGCUGUGAAGUGACAGAGUGGUCUGAGAGCAGGAGCUGGAAGCACACACAGGAAAUCUCAACAAGAGUUGAACCACUGGGGCAGAAUUUGAAAGCUAUACUGAGUAGCAGAGUUCCAAAUGUAAAACUGCAGGAAGACCUUGUACUGUUCUGCAACGUGGCUGGUAAUGAUGACAUCACCAACAAUGUGCCAGUCUCCAUCACCUGGCUCUUCCAGCCGCACUUGAAGCGGGGUGGCUAUCAGCAAGUGGUCAAAGUCACCGCAAGAGGCACCAUCGAAUGGGGAUUGGCAUUUAUGCAAUUUGAGAAGAAAACCAAGAUUACAAAAUCCUCUCCUUUAUCCCAACUCCUUAUCCACAGUGUCACAUGGCAAGAGACAGGGAUGUAUAAGUGUGAAGUUGAAAUCUGGAGAAACUCACAGGAUGCCAGAAACUUGUCUGCAAUAGCAGCUUCUGUGCUAUCCUCUAAUCCUGUUGAGAUCAAGGUCACCCAACCAGAAAGCAAUCUCAGAAUCAACAUGGAUGUAAAGUCUUUGGAAAUCACCAGCAAUGAAGAUGUAAGAAUUGAUUGCAGAAUCAGGUCGUUGACCAAUGAGAAUUCUUGGUUAGGAGUUGCCUGGUAUUUUCUCCCAUUUUCUCCCACAAAUGCAGUUCCACUGCUGAUUAUAAGAACGAAUUACACUAACAUAUUGGAAUAUGGGGAAGCAUUCAGUUCUCUGCAUCAGAAAUCCAGGUUUCAUAACAAGAAGGUCUCCAACCACCUGUACCAGCUGCUUAUUCUGUCAGGGGGUUAUGAUGCCCGUGGCGAAUAUUACUGCGCAGUAGAUGAAUGGAUCUGGUUAACAGAUGGGGGCUGGUACAAACUUGGAACGAUGGAAUCUGGAAAAACCACGGUAUAUUUCAAGUUUUCAGAAAAUAAGCCACUCGUUGAAAGAACGAACUACAGCAUCACUGUCACCGAAAAUGAAGACGUGACCUUGAACUGUACUCUGCAGAGGCCAUUACAGCCCACCUCCCACUUCUCCAUCAGUUGGUUCAGAGUGUCAGAACAGUCCAAUACGGAAACCCUGGUGAAUAUGAAAGGCAAUGGCAUCAUUAACUAUGGCAACAGCACAAUGGCAAGGAGGCUGCACCCCCACUGCCCUUCUGUGGGUGAUUUUCUUCUGAUCCUGCAGAAUGUGGAAAAGGAUGAUGCUGGGCUGUUCUACUGCCGGGUGGAAGAGUUCAAGGCUGUCAACUGCAGUGCUGCAGGAGCAAAACAUGAAUGGGGUGAAUCGGGAUUCAGGAAGCUAGUUGUACGCCCUUCAGUGUCAACCAGUUCCACCCAGAUCUGUUCUUCUCCACCGCUGUUCCGUUUCCUUGUAUUCUACCCUCUGGUCCUGUUUGUUAUCCUGAUGACUGCCUUCCUCUUCUUGCACUUCAAAAAGAAACGCGCUCAGAAGAACAAACUGAAUGUGUGGGAAGAGAAGACAUCUGUUGAAGCGGCUGAGAUGGCGGCACCAUCCCGUUCCAAGCUCAGUGCCGAAAGCCACAAAGACAUAGUGGAGGAAGAAACCAAUCGUCUCAAGGGUAAUGAAGAGGACUGAGCAUUUGUUGAAGAGUGAAGAGAGGCAUUCUGUGCUGCAUUGAAUUCUGGUGACUUUGGGGGAGACUUCUCUUUAGCACUCAAUCAGAGCAAAUGGCAAUUUGGGUUCUCCCGAGACAGACAGAUGUCAACAACUGAUGUUGGAAGCUAUCACCAUUCUCGUUUCUGGUUUGACUUCCAGCUCCCUCCCCUCUUUUGUUCUUCCUCUUCCUAUACUUUUUGACUCUGAGGAUCCUCACAAACAGGUAUUUAGCAGCAGGAAGUUUUAUUUGACAAUCCAGAACUUGCCUCCCGAUAGUGCGAAGUGAACUCUCUUGCCUUCUCAGGCAGCGCAUGGGAAUGAAUUCCUGGCUCAGUGCUUCUUUUAAAUGGAAUUGUCACUCGUGGGGCACGAACUCAACACGGUACUUUUUUAACCAUGCAGAGAGGUACUUUUAACCUUUCAUAAAAAGACAUAAUAAAGCAAUAAUGCCAUGAAUGUAUUUCAGCAUUAAAUUUAAAGACGGUUAGCACUUAAAUUCCCGCUGCCUUUCUCCCAUUCUAAUUCUAUUCUCUGCUGACCCUGCACAGUUUUAUGAAGCUCAGAUUUAAGGUGAUUCACUGUGGGUUUUUAAACAAGACUCAAGACAGCAGAGACGCACAGAUAUCCCCUCUUAAUCUAUUUCAUGGAUACACUGAGACAUAUUCCAGAAGAACUGAACAUUUAGAAUACACACUUUAUCAGCAUUUUGUAGCAGAGAGAGUCAGACUAGGACCUGGGACACCAUGACUCAGAUUCCCACUUGGUCAUGAUGAAGCUCCCUGGGUGACCUGGGCCAGUUGACUGUUUCUCAGCCUAACCUACCUCACAGGGUUGUUGUGGAAAUUACAUGAGGGAGGGGGAGAACAAUGUAUACCACUUGGAGCUUCUUGGAGAAAAAGGUGGGAUAAAAAUGCAUUUUUUUAAAAAAAAAUGCCAACUGUAUAGAAGGUAACACAACCUUGAGACUAGUCCCAAGGGUGAUCAAUGAAUCAAUGCCAUGCAAAAAAAAAAGGCAAAGCAGCAAGGGACGUUGUUGCCAGGUGGCCCUAAGAAUCUGUUGCCCCAGGUUUCCAGAGCCUUCUCCUUGUUUUUUUCUUUUCUUUUUAAACUUAAUAUUUAUUUUAUUUUGCUUACAGGACUGCUGAGCAUUUUCAAGGCACAGUGUUGCUGAGACCCCCAAGCACCCAUUAUCUUAAUUUGAUCAGAGACCUAAAUUCCCUUCUCUCUAUAAAUUAGCACUUUCAAAUUGUAUGCAAGUCUAUGUCACAGGCCUGCGCCUUUUAAACACCUAGUGGCAUCCCCGAGAGCAGGCAACUCCAGAAGAACUAUAGAUCAAGUCACAAUGCGCAUUACACGGUCAAGGAAUUAAGUACCUAGAAAACACAUGUGCACAUAUGCAAAUACAAAGGUACUUGCAAUGCAGAUUUCAAUGAGAGCUGAGGCUUUUUAGCCUAGUGGCAUCGGUGAUCCUACUGAAAUCAGACAUGCACCUACAAUGCUGAUAUUUCAUCU